AUACUAGAAGUGAAAGGAAAUAAGAGGGCAACGACAUAAUAUGUUGUAAUUAUCAAUUCAGAAAAUAUAACAGACACAGCAAUCGAGUUAGUAGCUAUCGGAUAUCUCAACGCUACAGACAGCAGUUCGUAUGGCAUUCUGCUAACAGUGCAUCGUCCGGCGUUGUUCAAAACGGAAAAUUAAAAAUAAAAAUAAUAAAAUGAAUCUCUUAUUAGUUUUCACAUUAACUAUCGUAGGUUUCCAAAUAUGUUUAAGUUGUGAUAUGGACCAAAUCCGGCGAGGUUGCCGUAUACAAAACCGCAUGUGUUCGUGUGGUACUGGGUGCAUUUCAGAAUAUCGAUAUGCAAAUUUAAAAGAAUGCCAAGCGGCCUUAAAAGGAAAAAAACGGGACAUUUGCAACCCAAACCCUUGUGUCAACGAAGGUUCAUGCUUACAAAUAUCUCAACAUCCUGGCUACAAAUGUCGAUGUGAGGGCACAGGAUUCUUCGGAGCACGAUGCAACCGAGCUUGCCCAAUUCCAGGAGCAGGUGGUAUAGGAGACAAGGUGUUUCCAUACGAGUGCAUCGUAAUAUGACACAGUUCACUACACAAUUACAAAUCAGUGUUCUUCAAGGUGCCAUACACUUUUUUUAAUUUAGUGUCUGCUCUUUUGUACUAUAUUAUUAUAUCUUCUUGAGACAUUAAGAAAUAAAUAGUUUUUAGAAAUGUA